AGAGAGUGAAGGGGGUGAUGAAAACGUCUCUGCCGGACAAUCAAUCGCUAGUCGGCUACGAAGUCGUCGUAAGCUUGACAACAAUGCAGACGUUAUCCACAAACAAGCAACGCGAUCAAGUGAAGCAUCCGACAAAGAAGGAAACCAAGGUAUUAUAUGACAAUAUUCAACUGCAGAAAAAGUUCUCUCAAUGCUUACCUUUGGCGUUGUACAGGAGAAGAAGAACACUCAGAUACCGACACAACGCUUUGUUGUUGUCCGUACAAGUCUUGUACUUAUUCCCAUAUAGAGUUAUACCAAAUGUAUCGGCACAUCCGACGGAAGCACGACGCUGAAUUUCCAGUAAUGAAAUCCAACGAAUCUUAUACUCGUGUAUUCAAAAAUAUAGAUGGAAAACGGAUAUUAUUCAACGCUGCAUCACGGAAUCUAUUGGACGCAGGAGAGAAAAUUGUAAUUGAGUAUCCCAUAUCUGAAACCCCUCGCUACUAUUGUCCGUACAAGUCUUGUACUUCAUCAAGCACAAUAGUACGCUAUAUCCACUGGCACAUCCAAAAGAAGCAUGAUGCUGAUCUUCCAUUAUUGAAACGCAACGGAUCUGAUACUCGUGUAUUUAAAAAUAAAGAUGGAAAACGAAUAUCAUUUGAUGAAUAUGGAACAACUGUAAAUUCUAUGCUAACAAGUAUCUUUCAUACAUGUAUGAUACAUAGUUGCAUCUAAAGAUCUAUUGAAAACAGGAGAAAAAAUACAAAUUUGUUAUACAGAUCGACUCCCCCAGUCAUAAGGUACUGUUAGUGGUGUUACUUUACAUAUGAUUCUCUGUGGAAAAGCAUACUUUAUCUAUUAUCGAUCAGUUAACAUUAAUUCUGUAUCUUUACACUGAACACAGUAACGUCUAUAUUGUCUGUGCAAAGAAUGCACGGGAGUGAAACUAUACGAUACGAAUCCAACACAUUCGUAACCUGCGGUGCUCAACACCCUACCCAUACCCAAUGCCAUUAUGAGGUUAGGACGCACUUUGGAAAGAGAAAACUAGUACGUCACUUUCUUCCCACCUGCUUGAUAGUAAAAGCCGUUCGUUAAAUAAUCCAAUAAAGACCCCGUAC